AUGGCGGCGCCCAUGGACUGUCUUGAGUCAAUAGAGGAUGAAGGCUGCGCGGGGCGCAGGGCGUCCGGGGUGGAGGUGGCGCUUCCCUCGGACCCCGCGGCUCCCGCCCCGCUGUGCCCACAUGGGCCCACUCUUCUCUUUGUAAAAGUGAGCCAAGGGAAGGAAGAAACUCGGAAGUUUUAUGCCUGCUCAGCCUGUAGAGAUAGAAAAGACUGUAAUUUUUUUCAAUGGGAAGAUGAAAAGUUGUCAGAAGCGAGACUUGCGGCCCGAGAGGCUCAUAACCAAAGAUGCCAGCCUCCUCUAUCUCGAACACAAUGCAUAGAAAGGUACCUAAGUUUCAUUCAGUUGCCCUUGACUCAAAGAAAGUUCUGUCAAAGUUGCCAACAAUUGCUGUUACCUGUGGAUUGGAGGGAGCACGGUGAGCAUCAGCUGUCAGCUGGCAUUUCCAUCACCCAGCUCAGAAGGCCCAGUCAGCUCCUCUACCCCCUGGAGAACAAGAAGACGCACGCCCAGUACCUGUUUGCUGACAGGAGCUGCCAGUUUCUGGCAGGCCUCCUUGCUGCCCUGGGAUUCAGAAGAGUACUGUGUGUUGGAACACCGAGGCUCCAUGAGCAGAUCAGGCUGACAGCACCAGGUGAGAAGUCCAACAUGAAAAGCCUUUUAUUGGAUAUUGAUUUUCGAUAUUCACAGUUUUACCUGGAAGAAGGCUUUUGCCACUAUAACAUGUUCAACCAUCAUUUCUUUGAUGGAAAGGCUGCCCUUGAAGUAUGCAAGGCAUUCUUACAGGAAGAGGAAGGUGAAGGAGUGAUUAUGGUGACAGACCCUCCUUUUGGUGGCUUGGUUGAACCUCUUGCCAUUACAUUCAAGAAGUUAAUUGCUAUGUGGAAAGAAGGUCAAAGCAAAGAUGACAGUCACAAAGAACUGCCCAUUUUCUGGAUUUUCCCCUAUUUUUUUGAGCAACGGAUUUGUCAGUUUUUCCCAAGCUUCCGCAUGCUGGAUUACCAGGUAACAUAUAUUCACAGGAUUUUGAAGUUGGAAAGAGACGCAGAGGUAGAUUAUGAUAAUCACGCACUUUACAAACAUGGAAAGACAGGUCGAAAACAGUCUCCUGUGCGGAUUUUCACCAACGUCCCAGCCAACAAAAUAAUCCUUCCUCCAGAAGAAGGGUACAGAUUUUGCUCCCUUUGUCAGAGAUAUGUUUCUCUUGAGAAUCAGCACUGCGCGCAUUGUAAUUCUUGCACAUCCAAGGACGGCAGGAAAUGGAGCCAUUGCUUUCUCUGCAAUAAGUGUGUGAAGCCGUCCUGGAUACACUGCAGCAGCUGCAAUUGCUGUGCACUCUCAGAUCAUUCCUGUUCCGGUCCUAAAGAUGGCUGCUUUAUUUGUGGUGCAUCGGAUCACAAACGCAGCAAUUGUCCGCACAUCGGCACCUCUAGGAGAGCUAACAAAGCUGUCAGAAAGCAGAAGCAAAGAAAAAGUAAUAAGAUAAGAACGGAGCCACUAAAGGACAAUCCAUGAAUCACACAUCUGCUCCAAGAAGAAAGAAGAGGAGGGAAAAGGCCCAUCAAUAUCCUCGCUCUUAAAUGUCCAGUGACUUGAGAAUAAGGAAGAUUUAUAGUCCAACCUUUGAUGCCAUUUUCUUCAAGUGCCACACUGGACUUAAAUCCAGAUGCUUUCAAAGGUGUGCCUCCUCCGAAGCCCGGCAACAGGCAGGUGGCAUUUGCUGGCUGAGUCCCUUCAGCUGCCCUGCAGACCCUGGAGCCUUCUGUUCUGUCUGUAUGCUUUUUCACUCUUUAAAUCCCUACCGGUCUUUAUUUUGGCUUCUUUUAUCUGAAAAAUGGGUGUACAGCAUGCAUUGGCAUACAAUACCAGACAGAAAUGCAAACGAAAAUCUGUAGUUUUCCUUACAUCGAGCUUUUGUUUUAAUUUAGAUAUGAGACAAUUUUGUUAAAUGGCCAAGCAAUAUGGUAAGGUACAUUUGGCCAUGUUCCAUGGGCCUCAUGUACUCCAGGACUGCUAUGCAUGUGGCCCAACACAGAAUCAUGAGCACACUUCCAAUAGUAUGAGGUUUUUAUGUGACUUUUUUUCAUAGCUUGAUUGCACAGUCCUUGAGUGGACUUGACAGCUGAUGUCAUGUUGCAAUGUCAGAAGGUUAGAUGCUCCCAGAUACUUUUAACAAAAAGUGUGAUACAUAGUUAUUUAUAGAUUGGAUCUGAAGAUGACGGGGAAAUUGUUAUUGAAGCGCUGU